GAAAAACAACACAAAAAGCAAGAAAAAAAACCAAAAAGUGUUAAUAUAAUAAAAACGCGCGUAUUUUUACAAAAUUUUAUUAAUUUAACAAUAUUCUAAGUGCUUAAAUUUUAUUACAACAAUUGCAUUAACUAUUUUACAUGUGGAUUUAACAGAAAAUAUCUUUAAUAAUAUUAAAAAAGACAAGUGUUUGAUGCUAGUGAAAAAUUUUUAUCAAAGUGAAUUUUUUUCUUUUCGUUCUACCUUACGGGAGGUUCUUGUACACGAGCAAAUUUAUUUUUGCUGAGAUUUUUCUAAUGCCGCAUAUAUAAGUUUUGCCAGUUUAAAACUAUUAUAAAAAAGAAAAUAAAAUUUAUUUUAUAUUCAUAGAAAAAAUAAAUAACUAAAACACUGACGUGAUUUAAAGAUUUGAACAGAAAAAAUUAUGGCUUCUGUUAAAGCAACAGAAGAGUUUGAUGUUGAUUUGUUUGAAACUCGACUGGAAUCUCUUAAAGAUACCCAAGAAGGUAUACAGCAAAUGUCGACAUGGUGUUUGGCACAACGUGGUCAUCAUAAGAAAAUUGUAUCUUCUUGGUUGAACGUUUUCAAACGGGUACGCGUUGAACAUCGUCUGGUGUUAUUUUAUUUAGCAAACGAUGUCAUACAAUAUAGUAAAAGAAAACGUUAUGAAUUUGUUGAAAGUUGGGCAACAGCAUUACAAAAAGCCACAACAAUGGUCCGAGAUGAAAAAGUCAAAAAUAAAAUUCUACGCAUCUUUAGCAUUUGGGAACAACGUGAAAUCUACAAUGAAGAAUUUCUAACAGACUUAUGUGGUCUAUUGAAUAUAGCACCACCGAAAAAAUCCCACACACCCACGGUAGAUUCUGAUGAUUUUCAAAAUGCCAAUCUAAUAACAAGCAUACGAGAGUGUGUUGAAUUAGGAGAGGCCACAGAUAAAAGUUUUAAAAAAUUGCCAAAAACACCAAAUUGUGAUAUAGAAAGUAUUAAGCAACAAUUAAAAGAUAAAACAAAUUCAGAUGAUGUUGAAAAGGAAAUCGAACGUUAUGUUACAUAUAUUGGAGCUUUUACAAAGAAUCUACAGGCGGAAAUAAAAUGUCGUAAGACGGUGGUGAAUAAUGUCGAUACGGCGAUAAAAUUCUAUGCCAAUCAAAGGGGAGAAGUUAAAGUUGUAGUUAGUGCUUACAAGAAUUUUGGCAGCCGCAUAAAGUUGGUUAAAAAGAAAUUAGAUGAAAUUGCUCCAACUUUACCUAGUCCUAUACCUUCACCGGAUAUAAAUGCACCAUCACCCGAACCCGAUACCGAUUUACAAUUACCAGAUGAACAAACGCCUCUAACAAUGAAUUUUUUGAAAAACAGUUUCAAUGGCUACUCCAGUUACAUGGACGGUAAUUUACCUUUUGAUAUCAAUGAUUUUAAACGUGAUGAAAAUGCUAAAUCCUCAAGUCAACCUAUAGAAGUAAUUGGUUCUAGAUCAGAUGAUGAAAGCUAUAAUCCUAGUGCUGACUAUUAUAAACCUGAAUCAAUAAGUGCCUAUCCGGGCACUAAUAGCAUGUCUAUACCGGGUUUGGCACCUAUGCCGGUACCCUCAGUGCCAACGGGAGGUUAUACCUCGCUGGCAAGAUCAUCUCAUCAAUAUGGAGAUAUCCUACCACCUCCCCCCAAUCCACCAAUGUUUGGUGGUCCCACAAAUUCUCUUACCAAUAAUCUACAUCAUAAUAUAAACUCUGGCUAUAGUGCUCAUAAUCCCCGGACAUACAAUACCGAUAACAGUUAUAAUCCAAAUGUGUACAAUCGCCGGCCGGUAAGUGCAGCCCCAGUUCAACCUUUAAUGCCUCCACCACCAAUGCCACCCACGGUGGGCUCCAUAGAUUCAACGGAGAGUAGUGAUUUUAAUUCAACCUGGGAUAUGAAUAUGUCCUGGACAAAUGCUUUGGAUAGUUCCAGUGUUUCGAAUUCAUCCUAUAGUCAUACACCAAUUGAUACACCUCAUUCACCGCCUCAUUUCGAUUCAGAUGCACACAAUUCAGAUUCAACCACACUAGAGUAUUCUGAUCAUGAUGGAACUUUAUCAUCAGCCCAAGAUGUUGAUCAUCGUCAGCUGAUUUUACCAGCUUUUGGUAUUGGUACUAAAUUAGGCUUAAGCAAAGAAAAAACCCGUCAAUUGGAUAUAGAUCAUAGAAAUCUAAUAUCAUUAACUGGAUCACCAGGAGCAAGUGAUAAUGACAAAAAGGCCUGGUAUCAGGAAACAAAUGAGUUAUCGGGCGAUGUUGAUUAUCGUACUUUUGGUCAAAAUAUUAAAACCAUAGAAACUACAGCCACAAUACCAUUUUUAAAUGAUAAUUCUUCUGUAUCUUCUAAUGACACAACAGGAAAUAUUACAUCAUCUCUUACAUCACCCCAGAAAAAUAACAGUCCUUCAAAAGAAUCUCACAAAGAUGAUUCUUAUUUAGAGAAUACAGACGGAGGUAUGGCUGGUUAUGAUCCAACAGAUAUGGUUGUUGAUAUGGACAUGUCUGAUGAUGAUCUUGAUGAUAUAUUUAGAGGUUUGCUUAUUUAUUUUUAUUAUUUUUCUUUUGUUCGUUAUAAUCUUACAGCCGAUAUCUAUUUAUGAUUUCUAUGAUUUAUUUUUUGAUUAUUUAUUAUGUUUUUUUAUGACCUCUUUUCAUUUCGUUCAAAAGAUUAUUGGUAAAUUUCAAGAUCUGAUACUUAAAAACGAUUUUAAGACUAUUGCG